AUGACGAGGACAUACACCCUAGAUCGGGUGGUGCCAAAUAUUCUGGCGUUUCUAAUAUUGUUGGCGAUUUCCAUCAACCCUAUAUACGCCCUUUCCAACUCCUUAACCACCAUCGAAAGACCAACGUUUGAUUUCAGCACCAUUGGCAACAAAUUGGAAUUUGCCGGCCAGUUCGACUCGGUGUCCUUCUUCAAUUAUCCUUUGCAACAAUACUUGUUGACCACCAACGUUAGCGACUUCAACGCUUCAUUAAACACCUUAUAUUACCAAGAUUCCAACGCUAACGUCUUCCCAUUGGGUGACCUCAAUGGACAAGUCGAUCUCAUUGACUCUUAUGGGGAUGACGGGUUCAUCAUUGCCGGAUCAUUCGAUCACAUCACCUUGAUUGGCAACUCCACCUCCCCAACCACCAUUGGUUCAUUGGCCUAUUUUAACAUCACCUCCAACAGUUUCACCAAUUUGGACCCAAAUAACGAUAUCUCCAGCGACGCCAUCAACGCCAUCUACGGAGAUGUUGAUAAUUCCGUGGUGUACAUCGCCGGUAAAUUGACUUAUAAAGACACUUAUGGUGCCUUGAUUUAUAACUUCACCUCCAACAGUUUAUCACACAUCCCAUUCAAAGGGUUCAACCAAGAUUCGGAAGUCACCUCGAUUUCCAAAGCCGGCGAUAACACCUUGGUGUUUGGCGGCAGCUUCUACGCUCUAGGGGUUCCUCAAUUACAAUACACCAACCAAACGUAUUAUCUUCUCAACGAAAAAUACUUAUCGACCAACACCUCGUCUCAAGACAAUUCCACCACCACCGAAGAAGUUUACAUUCAAACCGAACAACUUGUAUCGUUCAAAUACGCGUCGUUUGAAGCCGAUAAUACUGAAUCAGGGUCGGUGGCGGCCAGCGAAAUCAUUUGUCCUACCGAUUCAGACAACUGGCUUGUUAAUUCCGGACAAUUGGGUGCGUGGUUGGCCACUUUGCCCUUCACGGUGUCUCCAUCCAAGAUUAGGGUUUACAAUUCUCGACUCGACGACACCGGGGUCAAAACUUUUAGAUUAUACACCUCCCCUUCCAAUUCCAUCAUGAAUUUGACCUACAUCGACCCCACCACUAACACUUUGAUGCAAUGUGACGCCUGGUGCCCGUUGUUCAACCACUCAGACUUGUCCACCGCCUAUGCCAACGUUAACGACUCGUCACUCACCAAUGUUAGCUUCAGCAACGAUGGCGGGGUCGCCGCGUCUUUGCAAUGGACUGACAGUUAUCAAGAUUUCGGCUUCGUCAACGAUCUCGAAGUUGAUUACUUAAACUUCCAUAUUAUCGAUUAUUUUGGCUCGCAAGCCGGGUUGAACGGUAUUCAAAUGUUCAGUACCCAAAUCUUGACCUUUGGUAACGAUACUUUGAACGAAGCCAGUUGCGGGACCUCCAGUAACAGCUCGUAUUCCUCGGUUAACGGAACUGGCUGGGACAUCUCGGUCACCGGUCAAUACAUGACCAAUUCAAUUAGUGAUGUCUCCACCGCCGCGUCAGAAAAUGUCGGGGUCACUUUUUACCCAAACAUCACUUAUGCCGGUAACUAUUCUAUCGAUUAUAUCACUCCAGGUUGUCAAAGUGAUAAUACUUGUGACACCAGAGGCACCGUCCAAGUCAAUUUGCUCGAUAGUAAUGGUACCUCGUUGCGUAAAUUCACCAGUGCCCAAACUAACCAGUUUGAAAAAAUCGAAAACCUUUGGGACGGCCAUUUGAAUAUCAGUGAUACCGGUAGACCAAGUAUCGAAGUCACCGUGGUGGAUUCGGGCUCUAGCACCUCGGCCACCAUUGUCGUUGAUAAGGUUGCCAUCACCGUAUUGGGACUCGAUGAUUUGUCCAACUCCACCAAUUCCACCACCACCAGAACCGUCAGCUCUAAUAGCUCAAUUUCUUUCAAUCAUUCCGACUAUAAGAUCCCGUUGAACGGGCUAUUUGAAUACUCGUUGAUCAACUUUACCAAAUUCCCAAGUAAUUAUGAUAGCUACAAUUUCAGCUCUGAAGAUUUCACUAACAAGUUUGUUGGUAAUUCCUCGAUCAAUCAAUUUGGGGCCACCACGUUGCCAAAUAACUCGAUCAUCAACUCGUUGGAGUACCUUAAUGACACUAUUUAUGUUGCCGGGCAAUUCACCACCAGUAACGAUGGUUCAAAUUUGUUGGGUCUUAGUGUGGGGACUGCUGCCGACAUUAAUAAUAACCUUGAGUUGUCAAAAGUUAACAAUUAUAACGACGGUUUGAAUGGCGAAGUGAAAAUGAUCAAACAGAUCAACAACCAACUAUUCGUGGUUGGCGAUUUCAACGAUACCGUGACCAAAGCAUCGGUUUCCAGUUUGUCAUCCACCGCAAAUUCCGAUAACAAUGCGUUGACCAAAGUGGCGGUGUUGUCCAACAAUGACGAUUGGUUUAGUCUUGAUUCGGGGAUCGCAAAUUCUGGGGAAGUGGCGUUUAUUAAUACCGUCACCAUUGACGCGACAGAAUUCUUUAUCUUUUACGAUUCCAAUUUUGAAACCAUGAAUGUGUGGGAUAACUUGAACAAGAAAUGGUUUAGUAAUGACGAUUUCAACACCACUGGGUUGUACCUCAACAUCACCGGGGCCCACCAAGGUUCUAGCGCCAUGUUGAUGAGUGGUCAUUUGGCGAUCUUGGGAUUGAUGGCGUCCAGUGCGGUGUCUCUCGAUGAAAAAGACGCGUUUUCCACUUUACCAAUCAAUUUCAGCGGUUCCGGUAAUGUCAUCAACCAAUUAUUGUACGUCAAUGAUUCGUUCACCGUUGUCGGGGGUAAUUUCACCGCCGAUUCCAAUGAAAGUAACUUGUUGCUCAACAAUAAUGGUAAACUUACCGGCUUUGACGAUGUGAUUGACUGGAGUAAUUCUUCAGUGACGACUUUGUCUAAAGACGGGGAAUCGCGAUUCUUAUUUAUUGGUCUUGAUGGCGUUGCCACUUAUAACAAUGAUUCGACCUCCAACGUUUUCAUUUAUGAUUUAGUUUACGGCAACUUUUCGAUUCCUGGUGCCAUCACUAAAAGUGGGUCGUCUGUUGGGGCAGAAAUCAAUACUUUUUACUACGACGGCAAUUAUAAAGUUUACGUUGGUGGCGAUUUUGACACUGCUUCGGCGUUGCCAUGUCAAAGUUUCUGUACUUUUGAUAUGGAAGCCCAAAGAUGGGAAAAUGACGCUUCGACCAGUAUUUCCAGCGGGGUGAUCAACUACAUGAACAUUACUAGUGAAAGCGACCAAUUACUUAUUGCUGGGGAGUUUGUCAUUAGUGGCAGUUCGUAUUUCUUCACCAACUAUGAUUUCGACGACCAAAGUUUCAAAACUUUGGAUCAAUUUGCCACCACCUCGAUCAAGAAAAGGGAUGAUGAUAGUAGUAGUAGUAGUAGUAGCAGCAGUGGCAGUACGGCGGCGAUUCCUGGGGAAAUUAACAGAUACAUCUUGGUUGAUGGUGCGGUUACUUCUGGCAAUAGAAUGUUGGUAAUGGGUGAUAAUUUUGUCAGUGGAUACAACAAAUCCAAUUGGGUGAGAUUAGAUACCAUUGGCGAUGAAUUGAAUUCGAAUUCGACAUUCUCCAAGUUCCAAUUGAUUGACAUUGUUGCCAACAAAUCGGUGGCACAAACCAAGGGUUAUAACACUUACUUUGACUCCAGUGAACAGGCGCUUUUGGUGGUUGGUAAUAUUGUGUUCAAUAGUUAUAGUAAUUUGUCGAUGACCGCGGCGAUUUUCAACGGUACUGCUUGGAUCCCAUACCUUUAUACCACCACUUCCGACGACACUUUGGUCAAUGGCUCAACAAUCAAUGAUUUCUUGGUCAAUAAUGCGGUUGCCGUGGAUUUGGCCGAAGCCAAUGCGGUGAAGCAUUUGAUGGACCGAGGGUGGAUUGUGUUUAUUGGGUUGGCGUUGGCAGUGGGGACAAUGAUGUUGCUUGUAUUAUUGGCGUUGGUCAUUUUGUUUUGGAAACGUAAGCACGAUGGGUACGACGAACAGGUGCAAAGAAUUGAGGAAGACGAUAUGGUACAAACCGUUCCACCAGAUCAAUUAUUCAGCACCAUGGACGAGUUUAAAUUCACCAAUGAAAAACUUUAG